GUACAAACAGUAAUCCGUUUUCCCACACAUCUUGAAUGCAGCAUUAGCCCGGCACAGGGGACAGGACAACAUGGCUGCUGCUGCGGGCCGAUACUUCGGAGAAGGCGGCAGAGCAACGAAAAGGCAGAAAACCGAGGAGGGAGGAAUGACAACGGAGGGCUACGAUGACCCUCAUAAACCGCUCCCCUCUCCGGUGGUGCACAUCAGGGGCUUGGUGGACGGUAUCAUGGAGGCUGACCUGGUGGAGGCCCUGCAGGAGUUUGGGGCCGUCAGUUUUGUGGUUAUGAUGCCCAAGAAGCGCCAGGCCCUGGUGGAGUAUGAGGACAUGAUUGGCUCCUGCAAUGCUGUUACAUAUGCAGCAGAGAACCAGGUUUACAUUGCAGGCCACCCUGCCUUCAUCAAUUACUCCACUAGCCAAAAGAUCUCCCGGCCCGGAGACUCGGACGACACCCGGACUGUCAACAAUGUGCUGCUGCUGACGAUCAUAAACCCCAUCUAUCCUAUCACCACGGAUGUGCUCUACACCGUUUGUAACAACUGUGGUCCUGUACAGAGGAUCGUCAUCUUCAGAAAAAAUGGUGUUCAGGCCAUGGUGGAAUUUGAUUCGGUCCAAAGUGCUCAAAGGGCCAAAGCCUCUCUGAAUGGGGCAGACAUCUAUUCUGGCUGCUGCACUCUAAAGAUUGAGUAUGCCAAGCCAGCACGCCUUAAUGUCUUCAAGAACGAUCAGGACACGUGGGACUAUACAAAUCCCAACCUCAGUGGCCAAGAUGCUGAUGGUGAAGGCAAUUGGAACAAUUCACAAGAUCCCAAUGCCAAUCCCAACAAACGCCAGAGGCAGCCUGCUCUUCUGGGAGACCACCCACCUGAUUAUGGUGGCCCUCAGGGAGGUUAUCAUGGCUACAAUGAGGACAGCUAUGGUCCCCCUCCUCCCCACCGCAUCGGACCAGGUAUGGGUGGGCGUGGCCGUGGUAGUCAGCGCUAUGGCCCAAGUUAUGGACCACCACCCCCUGAGUAUGGUCCUCACGCUGACUCCCCAGUUCUUAUGGUUUAUGGCCUAGAGCCCUCUAAGGUCAACGCCGACAAGGUCUUCAACAUCUUCUGCCUCUAUGGAAAUGUAGAGAGGAUUAAGUUCAUGAAGAGUAAGCCUGGAGCAGCAAUGGUGGAGAUGGGAGACUGUUACUCUGUGGACAGGGCCAUCACUCACCUCAACAACAACUUCCUUUUUGGCCAGAAACUCAAUGUUUGUGUGUCCAAGCAGCAGGCCAUUGUGCCAGGACAGUGCUACCAGUUAGAGGACAACACCAGCAGCUUCAAAGAUUUCCAUGGAUCCCGCAACAACCGCUUCACCUCCCCAGAGCAGGCGGCAAAGAACCGAAUCCAGCACCCCAGCAACGUCCUGCACUUCUUUAACGCACAGCCCGACAUCUCUGUAGAGAUCUUCAACCAGGUCUGCGAAGAACUGGAAAUUAAGAGCCCCACAAGUGUGAAACUUUUCACUGGAAAGAGUGAGCGAAGUUCAUCUGGCCUUCUGGAGUGGGAAUCCAUCAAUGAUGCCAUGGAAGCCCUAGCACUGAUCAACCAUUUCCAGAUGAAAAACCCUAGUAAGUUUUCAUCUCGUUACAUUAACAUACCAACGUGGUUUUUCAAACGCUGGCCAUGUAGUUUUACAAUAUACUGUACAUUUGAAAGCCUUUUUAUAUCUUUUUGUCUACCUUUUGUCUUUAAAAUGUGUUUUUUUUUUUUUUUUUUUCCUCAUACAGGUGGGCCUUACCCUUACACACUGAAGCUGUGUUUCUCAACCACACACAAUGCCAACUAAAUCCUCUCCCCUCAAACCAUUUGUAAUGUUUUGUGUCUUUGCAUAGAGUAUACUGCAGUUCUGUUGUCACAUCCUACUAAAACAUUUAAUCAGUAUUGACAAAAACCAGAACUGAUGUGCUAUAGAACAUGUUACUUAAACUGUGAUUUUGUAUGAUUUACUUUUGUUUUUCAAUCAGCUGUUUAUUUUCUACGUUUACAACACUAUUUGAUUUGAAUAACCCCCACCCCCCCCCACUACCCUGAAAUAACUAUUCAAUGCGGACCUGUUUUUGGUUUUUAAAUCAAGUGAACAGUAAUGUGAAUACAUAUAAAGCUAGUGUUCACAUCUUCAAAGAUUGUUUGUAUUGCAUCUUUCAUAAUUUCUUCACUCUUGACAGGGAAACAUCCAUGUCCAUUUAUGGGGAAGUAAGAAUACAUAGAUUGGCAAGGUCUUACAAAGAGAAGCAGCUGUAGUUUUCUGGAGGAAAAGUCCCUCUGACUGUACUGAAGUGGUUAGGGUGCCUUCUAUAUGUUGAUACCUGGACUAAAGAGCAUGGCAGACAUGAAGGAGAUGGUUAUCUGUUCAGGGAAUGUCAAGUUGACACUUUUUUAGUAAACAAUACUGUGAAUAUGACUUUGGCUGGAAUUACUCAAUUAACUAAAAGUUUGUUUCAGUUUCCACAUACCUGAAUUGGGCAGAAGCCCCAUCUAUACACACGGGUUGUGAAGCCUAAUCUGUAGUGAUUACGUGUACUCAGACCUGCAAUGCACUGCAUUAUUUUCAGUAUUAUGGUUUGUAUUCACAAAGUGCUAGAUUAAUUAAAGCAGUUUAAAGA